AUGGAGAAGCGCGAGAAAAUCCUUACAAAGAGGAAGAACGCAGGACACGAUGUGACACCCUACGCUAAGAAACUGUUUGAGGAAGAGAAGCUGCGUGUGGCACAACAAACCGUCGUCUGCGGAGAGCCACCACACUUCUACGUUUUCGAUGCUUUUGAUUCUCGUACCGUUGGAAGCAGCGCUCACGUUUACGAGGUCGACAUGGAUUUAGGGACCUGUUCGAGAUGCACAACUGCAGAACAGAUGCGGAUUCCUUGUCGCCACGUUGAAGCUGUCAUCUUUGACAGAGCAAAGUCAAAGGCCAAAGGUUUAGUUCAAUACGACGUUCGAGACUUUUUCCACUCGGCAUACUUGGUACCGAAUCUACAGAAAGCUUUGGAGUCGAUAUCGGUUCGACUGUCACUGUACAACGAGCUAAGCUUAACCGAUAACGUGAAACCACCUCCCAAUUACCGCCAAGCAGGUAGGUCUUCGAUGCAUACGCGGUCUGUCGAAGCUUUGGAUAUCGUGAGGGGAAGCAAAAGAAAACAAAAUCGAGGCGAAGAUGCUUCGUCUUCAUUCUGCAGCGGGAGGAUUCGAUCAAAACCAACACCUGAUAUCACAACCGACGAAGAAACAAAGAACGUCUCAGUGUUUUUCGACGCUCAACUUUCCGCUACUUCCACCAAGAAAAGGGAAAAAAUAUUGCUGCACCAAAUGCGGUAA